AUGAAGCAAGGGGAGUCUGCAGGACCAGAGGUAGAAGAGAGACAAGAAGGAGCAGGAAAAUCGACCAAUGUGGUCCAUCCUGAAUACAGGAUGGAGAGACCAGGAUGGAGAGGGUCGCAAGAGACCGAAGGAGAGCCAUGCCAAGGGAUGCAACAGCGCUGGGAAGCCCAAUGGCAGGAGCUCCUGAAGACACUGCAGUCUCCACACUCAGCAUGGGGGAACCUUCAGCUGCCGGAAGCCACACCUUGGGAUGACACCAAGGCCUUCCUGGCCUCCUUUGAGCAAGUGGCCAAGGCCUGCCGGUGGCCGAGAGGAGAGUGGGCGGCCCGGCUCCUGCCAGCCCUGACUGGGGAAGCAGAAGAGGCCUUUGGCAGCCUGGAAGCCAGAGAUCAGGAGGACUAUGGGAAAGUGAAGGCGGCCAUCUUGCGAGGGGAAGCCCUGAGGAUGGAGGCGCAGCGCCAGCACUUCAGGCAAUUCUGCUGCCAGGAGGUCAGAGACCCCCGAAGGAUUCACAGCCAAGUCCAGGAGCUUUGCUGGCAGUGGCUGAAGCCGGAGAGACACAGCAAGGAGCAGAUCCUGGAGCUGCUGAUCCUGGAGCAGUUCCUGGCCAGCCUGCCAGUGGACCUCCAGGGCUGGAUCCGGGCAGGAGGGCCGGACACCUGCUCCCAGGCCGUGGCCCUGGCCGAGGACUUCCUGAUGGGCCAGAAAGAGACGGAGACAGGACAAUGGCAGCAGGGACUGAUAUCCCUUAAGGAGACAGGUGCCUCUUUGCACGUGGUUAAACAGACUCCAGUGCCACCAGGCCAACACACCAUUUUCUGGCAAGUCCUGCAAGAGGAUGAUGGGAGCAUGCCGCCUUCAGGUGAGCGUCUCUUCCAGUCAGUAAACACACGCAGCAUUAGCAGCCGUCAUUUGUAUUUGAAAGAGCAGAUAGAAAGAUCGGCAGAAAUAGUUUCCCCUUCAAAUGGUGAGGAGACGGGUGGUCAGCUGAAGAUGGAGAAUUCUCCGUACGGAGGAUAUGAGCCGGAGGAAAUACCGAAGACAGCCCCGCAGAUGAGCCAAGAGAAUCUGCACGUGGCAGCUGACAUGCACGAGGAAAGACGAGACGCAGCAGCGGCGGCGGCGGCGAAAGCGGCCCGAGAGACGCCGAGCGACACGAGCCCCGGCGGGCGGCUGCCGCCCCAGAGAGUUGCGACGUCCGGCUCUUGGCGAGAGGGCGCCCCCUGCCCGAGCCCCCCAGCCGAGCGGAUCGGCCCGGAGGCGUGA